AUGGGCAAUAAAUAAACUGAAAAUUAAUAUAACAAAGAACAUAAUGAAAAGAUGUUAGAUUGUCUAAGUAUAUACUUAAAUUUAUUUUAGUAAUUGAAAAUAGAAAUUAAAUAGAAGUAUUAAUUAGAAAAGCAGGAAGAGUAAGUAAAGAAUACUCUUUUUUAACACCUCCUAUUGGUAAAGGGAAAUAUAGUGAAAUUAGAAAAAUUAUAAAUAAAAAGACAGGAAUAAUGAGAGCAGUGAAAAUAAUCUAGAAAAAUGUAUCAAAUAAAGUAGAAGGAAAAAUUAUAAAUGAAAUAAAUACAUUAGAAAUGCUUGAUCAUCCUAAUAUUGUAAGAGUUAAUGAAUAUUUUUCUGAUGACAGAUUUCAUUAUAUAAUAACAGAAUAUUAUUCAGGAGGAGAACUUAUAGACCAUAUUGAUAAAUAAAGGGUUUUUAGUGAAGCUUAGGCUGCAAAAAUUAUAUAUGUUUUACUUUAUACUAUAAAUUAUUGUCAUAAAAAGUAAAUUUGUCAUAGAGAAAUAAAGCUGGAAAAUAUAUUAUUUGAUAGGAAUUCAGAAGAUUCAUUACCAAUUUUAAUUGAUUUUGGUAGUUGUAGCAAAAUGGAUCACAAAAUGACUAGUUAACCUAAUCAUCCAUUUUUCUAAGCUCCAGAAUUAAUAUUAGGAAAUUAUCAUAGUGGUGUUGAUAUCUGGGCAAUAGGAGUAAUUUUAUUUCUGCUUUUAUGUGGUUAUCCUCCAUUUAGAGGUAAGACAGAUGAACUAAUAAUUAAGAGUGUUAUAUAGUAAGAAGUAGAAUUUGAUGAUCCUGAAUGGGAUAAUACUUCAGAAGAAGCUAAAAAUCUUAUUGUAAAAUUGUUAUAAAAAGAUCCUAAUAGAAGAAUGACAGCAGAGAUGGCAUUAAAUGAUAUAUGGAUAUUAAAAAAUUAUGAAUUAAAAGUUUUUGAUGGAUUAAUUAAGAGAGUAGUUACAAAUUUGGCUACAUUUUAAGCAUCUUCAAGAUUAUAGGAAGCUACUUUAAAAUUGAUGGUUUAAUUUUUAGCCACAAGAGAAGAGUUAUCUGAAUUGAGAGUAGUAUUCAUGCAUAUAGAUACAAAAUUAGAUGGAGUUUUGGAUUAGGAUGAAUUAUAGGCUGUUAUGCUUAAAUAUUAUGAUUAAAGUUUUGUUCAUUAACAGAUAAAUAAAAUAUGUUAACAUCCAUUAACAUAUUCUACUUUUUUGACUAGAAGUGUUGAUAGAUAAACUAUGUUACAAAAGAGUAAGAUAGAAACCGCUUUUAAAUUGAUAGAUCGAGUAUAAAGAUUUAACUAAAUAAUUUUAGAACGGAUCAGGUAACAUAUCUGUUGAAGAACUUUAAGAUACUUUUAAGGUAUGUAAUGCAGAAACAGAAAAUCCAUGGUAGGAAAUUAUGACUGAAGUUGAUAGCAAUUAAGAUGGAAGUUUGUCUUUAUUGGAGUUCAAUUAAAUGAUGAGACAAUUAUUAAUUUAAUGA